AUGAAGGGUAAUUUAAAUAGAAGAAAGGAGAACGGGUUUAUUCCAUCCUCGAUAGGCAGGAAUCCAAGCGAGGCCAAUGGUUCUUCAUCUUUCUAUGAGACUGAGGAUGUUAGGAAAGCAUUCAAUGACAGGAUGAACUAUUUAUUUAUAAAUAGUAUUGGUGCGACAGUUAUCGUUACAGUUUCUUCUGGUGUAAAGUAUUCGGGAAUCAUGGUUGCGUGUAACCCAGUGACAUCUAAUGGGGUUGAUGUUCUUUUAAAGUUUCCUAAGGUAAUUGACAAGGGAAUCGAUGAGGAAGACAUGUCAUCGCUCUCGGAACAACUUGCAGAAACUUUGUUAAUCGAAGGUGAAGAUGUAGCGGAAUUGGAGUUAAAGGAUAUUGAUCUCAGUUUGGAUGAAAAGUGGGAACAAGCCAGGAAAAAACAAGCGGAGGGACAAAAAACUAAGGGCAAAGAGGAAGAAGGGAGCAGAAAUGCGUUCAAAACAGAUAUUGAUAUUUCAGGUACAGCGACAGAACUAAAGGAGCGUGAUCUAGAAAAAUGGGCGCCCGACGAGGAAGCUUUUGCUCUCGAAGAGUCGCUUGAAGAUAGUGCAGGAGAUUGGGAUCAAUUUGCCGUAAAUGAACAGAAGUUCGGCAUCAUAUCUACAUUCGAUGAACACCUUUAUACCACCAAGAUAAAUAAGGGAGACCCGAAUUAUGAAGCUAGACUGAAGGAGGCAGAUCGAAUUGCCAAAGAAAUUGAAUCUCAGGGUGUGGUAGGUAAUGUUCAUCUUGCUGAAGAAAGGGGUCUUAUUAUCGAUGAUUCGGGAAUGGAUGAGGAAGACAAAUAUUCUGGAGUUGACCGUAGAGGCGAUGAGUUAUUAGCCCAAUUAAAGAUGAAUGCAAAACCUGCUACAGGAAGGCCUUCGAAAUAUGUGCCUCCCAGUUUGAGAAGCGAACCUCACCAUACGGAUCCAGCUAUCAUAUCUUCCACUAAGAAAGGACGUUCUCCACCAAUAUCCAAAAGUCCAGUUGAUAAAAAAUUUGAGCUAGAUGAUCUGAAGAAGUUUUCCGAAAAGUUCAAGGUCCCCUAUAAGAUGCCUGAUGAGGUGAAGCAUAUUCUGAAGAAAAAUGAAGAGACAAAAUCCCCAACUUCUCUGAAGGUCAACCCGUCGCUGCCACCCAAACCUACGCCACAACCAACCGCAACUUCUUCAACAUCUACACCUGUAGCUCCUGCAACAAAAUCAAUCAGCAGGAAUUCCAAGCCCAGCACACCUGCUUCAUCCAAGGCUGAGUUAAGGAGGAAUUCAAACAAAUUCGGAACACAGGGUGGUCACACUCCAGUUUCUUCUCCAUCUAAUGGUAGGGCGAAUACAUAUAGGAGACGCAAUAACACAUCAUUUUUUGCAGACGAUAUUCCACGAGGAAUGAAGAAGGACUUCAAAAGGAACUUUAACAUGUUUUUGAAGUCUAAAGAUGUUUAUAACGCCAAGGCGAAGGAAUUCCACAAUACGGAAAAUAAGAGUAUGGAGCCAUUCCUCAUCGAGAGACCGUACAUCACUACGCCUACGUGGAUUAACACAAUGGAGAAAUCCUACAAGAGUUUGUUCCCGGACGAAAGAACCGCCAUCCAGAAAGCACAAAUAAGACUUCAGCAACGUACCAUGAACUCUAUGAGCGGUAAUAUGACUAUGGGAAGCAUCCCAGGUAUGAUGGCACUGCCAGUGGGCCCAGGUGGCCCCCAAUCGACUCCGUUCAUGGCUUCUCCCGGCAUGUUUAUGCCCUUUCAACCUCAACCAAUGUUUUAUCCGCCAGUACCACAGAUGAUUACGAUAAUGGGAGGCCCGGGGGAUGAGCGCAGAAGCAAUACUCACAGUCCUUCUCCUGGAGCAAGUUCCCCACAUGGUGCCCCUGCAUUCAUCAAUGGCGCCACUCCGAUGACCCCAUUUGGAUAUCCUGCCUCAUUUCAGCCUAUGAUGGCUCCUUUAGGUGCGGCUACUGGUAAUGGUGCUGGUGGCCCUAAUGGUGGCGGAUCCAACUAUAAGGGCCACUACCACCAUCACGGCAGCAAUGGCACUCGUUACCACAGACAUAGAUAA